GCAGCCGGCUGGGUGAGGGAGCAGCUCUCCUGCCCCCGGGAUGGAUGAGCAGGCGCUUCCUCCUCUGCCCCAGGGAGUCCCAGGGGUGUGGGGCUGAGGCAUGACGUGGCAGCCUCCGAGGUGAGCCUGGCUGCACCUCCAGAGAGCCAUCCCGGAGGUGUUUCUGCGGCUCCUGCCACCGGCUUUCCAGCCUCGCCACUGGAGAUGAUGAUUCCCAUGCAGCAGGGACAGCCAGGUCAGCCUGCUCAGCCAUGAACACCUCCAUGCCUGGAGGCCAACUGAGACAGCCUGAGCCCCAGGACACGGCCCCCUUCAAUCCCACCUCCAUUGUCAGGAGCAUUACAAGGAAAUCUGAUGCUUUGCCCAUGAUCUCAGUCAUUGUUGUCAUCUUUGUCCUCUUGGCUGUCUUCAUCAUCCUCGUGGUGCACUAUGGCCCUCAGCUCCGCACCAUCCAGAUCACCCUCUACCAUGAGCCCAUGCCACAGGACCUGGAUGAUGGGGUGCACCUCAUGGACUGGAAGAAGCUGGGCUCCCAGAAGAAGCUGCCUGGCCAGUCCUACCAGCAGGAGCUGGCUGGCAUGGAUGUGGCUGGUGUGAGCUGCCAGUGCUCCUGCAAGCAUCACCUUCCCUGUGGAAACUCUGAGCCCAAUGUCAUCGAGGUCACUUAUCUGUGACAAGGCUAUGGGACACCUGGGCAGGACUCAAGGGACUGACUCCCACUGGAAAAAUAGUGACUGGGACAUGAGCUUAGCCUGAGACUCACUGAUUCCCCGGGACUGUGUCUCUCCCUGGGUAGGCUCUUGCCAGGAGGUUGUUUCACUGGGGUGACCCAUCAUCAGCCCCCAAAACUCCAGCCUGGGAGGUGCCACUGUCACCAGGCAAGACCUGUGUCCCCAGCCCAGGCUGUGGGGCUGGGUCAGCCUACAUGGGACAGCAUUAGCAUCACUUCUGGUUUUUCUUGCUCUGGUUUUGCCUGUCCCACGCUGUCUGGAAGUGUCCAGGAGAGCUGUCUUGGUCCUUACCUCAGCUGGGAAGCUCUGGGCGUAUGCUCAGUCCCUUGGCAGGAGCUGGUGUUUACAUCAUCUGGAGUUGCUUUCCAGAUUAAAAAUGUUUCUACAUGCCCGGUGUCCUCGUGCACAGAAAAGCCUCCAGCCCCUCUUUUCCUCUCUGUCACCCUCCUGCCAGUGCUGGCACUGCCCUUGGCCCAUCCUGGCAAACAGCUGGAGGAGAGGAGGUGGCACCUGAACUCCUGUUGGUGUCUCAGGGGUGAUGAUCUGGAUGGGCACUCACAGUUGAGAGCUCAUCCCUUCCAACAUCCCCAGAGGUGCAUUGUGGCACCCAGCCUGGUCACCCCAAACCUGUGGGGACACCAGCUCUGCCCUGAGAUGGUGUCACCCCUCAGCAGGGUUUUGUGGUUGUGUCAUUUCAAACCAGGGAGCAGCUUGGUUCAAGGCAAAGUCUUGAAUCGGGGAAGCAGGAGCUUUUCUGGCAGCUCUUGCUGAAGGACAACCACAGCAGGGAAACGUCAUGUUUGCAAAGAAAAGAUUAAAAA